AUGGUCCAAACAGCCCAGGUCUCCUCCGCCCUAUACCACAGCCCCAAGGGCUUCACAACCCUCGGCGAAGGCCCCUUCUACCGCGCCAGCGACUCCACCCUCCACUGGUUCGACUGCCUCGCCACCCCAUGCGAGCUCUACAUCCUCCCCGUAGACCCAGACACCGGCGCACCCCGCGGUGAAGCCCGCGUCCUACCGCUCGCCGACAGCGUCACGGUAGCUGGAUUCCGCAAGGACAAACCCGGUAGCUACAUCGCGGCGUAUUACCAGGGCGUGUGCACGGUCGACGAAGAGACGGGCCGCAUUGACGUGGUCCGGGAGAUUAUCCCGACCGAUCAGCGGGACAAUCUGCGCUUCAACGAUGGAGGCGUCGACGCCGGCGGCCGCUUCUGGCUCGCUGAGAUGGAUCUCCAGGCGAUGAAAUACGGGCUUGACGGUGUACCUGAGAGUUACGGAACCCCGAAGGGUAGACUGUGGCGGUAUGAUCCUGAUGGGAGUCUACAUUGUAUGAUUGAUGGGGGCAUCACCUGUGGGAAUGGCGUGACCUGGAGUCCGGAUAACAAGACAAUGUACGUGAAUGAUUCCGCCGCUCUACACGUCUACGCCUAUGACUUUGAUUUAGAGACAGGAGGGAUCUCCAACCGGCGCAUCUUAGUCGAUGAACGACAAUGGUCUGGGGGGGCACCCGAUGGCAUGGUCGCGGACACCCAAGGAAACCUGUGGAUUGCUGUCUACGCCACGCGCCGGGUCAUGGUUUUCCGUCCCGAUGGGACCCAUCUCCGCGACGUUGAAUUCCCGGCCCGCGACGUGACGUGCACUACAUGGGGCGGCAAAGACCAUAAUAUCCUCUACGUGACGAGUGGGACAAACCACAGUGGGACGCAUCCUUCGGGAGAAGAGGGGGGCCCUGUGUAUAUGUUCCGGCCGGGGGAUGCGCGGGGGCAGGCUAAAUAUGAGUUUGGGGCGUAG